AUGAAUCGCAAAAAGGAAAAGGAAAGCGAAGAAAACAAGGAGAAGAAGAACAAGAACGAUGAAACGGGGAAAAAGCAACAAAAAGAACAAAACAGAAAGGACAAAGCGGAGAAGAAGUUAGAUGACACUAAGAAGAAACGUGCUGUUAUAAGCUCGGAAGCUUCGAAAAGGGUGAGUCAGGAUAGAUUCAAACAAAAAAGAUAUGAAGCACCAGACUGUGAAUCUAGUGCACGCAAAGCGCGGCGAGGUAGCAAACAACUACCCAACUCUUCCCGCAAUAGCAUCGUUAGGAAAAUUACAAAGUGA